UUUUUCCAAACGUGACUGCGGUACUGUAGCGUUAGUGACAGUGACAGAUGACUUUAUUAGUUUAGUGGCAUAAGAGUAAGAAAAGUCUGUGAUGUGAUGUGAAGGAAUUAAUAAAAAUGAAAUAGUACUGCGUCAAUGUAAUCACAAAAAACAAACUCCAGAGGAAAUGUGUUUAACAUAUUACUAGCCUAAUAUAAAUAUAUGUUUUAUUAUAAUGUUAGUUGAUGAACACUAAUAGAGGAAAUAUGAAAUGUGAGUGGUAAACACUGCAAGAUGAUCUUAGCAUAACAGGAAGAUGGUAGCUGUCUUGGUCUGAACAUUCAAGUAUGAUUGAGAGUGUCUCUAAAAGAGCAUUCGGUGGUUCAAGCGGUACAUACAACGUCCAUGCCUUAGAACUGGCUGCAGCAAGAGAAAGAAAGCUUAAGACUCUCAGUAUUACUGUGAAAUUUUUAGAUGACACCGAGCAUGUUUUUCACGUUGAAAAACGCGCCAAGGGCGCUACCUUAUUGGACCAGGUUUAUCGCCAUCUUGAGUUAGUGGAGAAGGAUUAUUUUGGUUUGCAGUAUUCAGACAAUGGCGGGUUGCCAGGGACGAGGGGUUCUGUAUGGAUGCAUUGGUUAGAUCCGUCCAAAACGUUAAAGAAGCAGCUAGGAACCUGUCAAUAUAUCUUACAUUUUAGAGUUAAGUUUUAUGUAUCCGAUCCAAGUAAACUUCAAGAGGAAUAUACUCGAUAUCAGUUUUAUUUACAAUUAAGAAGAGAUAUUUUAGACGGAAAAUUGUAUUUACCUCCAAGCACUGCCAUACUCUUAGCCAGUUACACUGUACAAUCUGAAUUAGGUGAUUAUCAACCUGAUGAACAUGGACCAAAUUACUUAUCAAAUAUACACCUGGUUCCCAAUCAGAACGAAGACAUCGAAAAGAAAAUAUCAGAGUUGCACAAACUCCAUAAGGGCCAGCUUCCCGCCGACGCCGAAUUUAACUUUUUGGACCACGCGAAACGAAUCGAAAUGUACGGAGUAGAAUUACAUAAAGCCAGGGACAAUGCCAAUAAAGAAAUACAUUUAGGAGUUACACAUUUAGGAUUAGUAGUUUUUCAAAAUAAUGUUCGUAUCAACGUUUUCUCUUGGUCAAAGAUUAUGAAGAUUUCAUUUAAGAGGAAACAGUUUUUCAUUCAACUUAGACGAGAACCGUCCGAAUCAUACGAUACUUUGUUAGGUUUCAAUAUGGAAACAUAUCGUUCGUCGAAAACUCUUUGGAAGUCGUGUGUCGAACAUCACACGUUCUUCCGUCUACAUUCGCCAAGAGUAAGACGAAAAUUUCCAUUGUCACUAGGGUCCAAGUUUACUUAUUCUGGACGAACCGAGUACCAAACUGUGACGGAAGUACGACAAAGAGGCAUAUUGGAGAGGAAGUUCGUGAGAUCGCCCAGUAAAUACCUUGGUAGCCAACCAGUGCAAACUCCUCCAUUGGAAGAUAGGGGAAAGAUAGUAACUGCUCCUGCUCGACCACCGGGACCUUACGCUCAUAAAGUUACGUCUUUGGAUACCAAAGAGCCUAAGAAAGCAUGGACUGAAGACAGUCGAAUAUCUGAUGAAGAUAAAAAGUAUGGAUCUAUUUCUAGCGACGGCGGAUUUCUAGAAAGAACGUUGGAAGGACCUUUUUCACCGGGUAUAGCCGGAAGAGUCAUCAGUUACGCCGACGAAGAACCUCCCUCACCCACAUCGAACGGACUCUACGACACGCCACCCUAUAGUUUAAGUCACUCGCCAACAUCGCAAAUCAUCGACGAUAAUUUAGUUAAUAUUGUACUCCAUCCGGACGAAGAAGGAAAGUACGGAUUUAAUGUUAAAGGAGGAAACGAACGAAAUGUGCCUAUAUUAGUAUCUAGAGUUGCACCGAACACGCCAGCUGAUAAAUGUGUACCUAGGUUAUCAGAAGGUGAUCAAGUAUUGCAAAUAAACGGACAUGAUGUUUCACAUGCUCUUCAUCAAGACGUAGUCAAAUUGAUACAAGAUGCCCGAUCAGCAAAUUCAGGAAAAUUAGUGUUAGUUGUAAAACCGAAUGUACUUUACCAAGGCUAUGAAGACUUCGAGGAACCUCCAUAUCAGUAUGUACCUGCGGGGGAGAACGAACCAUCUUCCCCUGGAAACGCGCUUCAGCAAAGUAUGCUUCUAUUGGCUGACGGAUUGGCUAGUGGGGCUCUGAUAGCGCGAUAUGAAACACUUUUUAGAAAACAUCCUGAUCUCACCUGUGACGAAUCGCUCAAACAACCUAAUGUCAAUAAGAAUCGUUACAGGGACAUAUUGCCAUAUGAUUCAACGAGAGUGGUCUUGAAAAUCGGUUCCAACGGCGAUUACAUCAACGCCAACUACGUCAACAUGUCAAUAUCCGGAACAGAAACAAUCAACCGAUAUAUCGCAACUCAAGGACCACUGCCUGCAACCACCGAAGAUUUCUGGCAAAUGAUCCUCGAAGAAGAAUGUAAUUUAAUAGUAAUGUUAACGACGAUAAUUGAAAGAGGCCGAGCGAAAUGUCAUAAGUAUUGGCCGGGGUUGGGAGAAGCACUUACGAUGCAAAAUAUCAUCGUAAAAUGCGUUGGUGAAGAGACUGAUCCAUCUGGAAGUUUUGUUUUUAGGGAUUUUGUUUUAUUAGAUAUUAAGAACAACGAAUCCAGGGAUAUAAAACACAUGCAAUAUAUAGCGUGGCCUGAUCACGGUGUGCCUGACUCUCCGCAACAAUUUUUAAAUUUUACCGAAAAAGUGAGGGCGGCAAGAAAAGGUUCUUCUCCCGUAGUGGUGCAUUGCAGCGCGGGAAUAGGGAGAACCGGUGUUAUGGUGUUAAUGGAGACGGCGUUAUGCUUAAUGGAAGUUAGUGAACCAGUGUAUCCAUUGGAAAUAGUAAAAACUAUGAGAGAGCAAAGAGCUAUGAUGAUACAGAAUGCUAGUCAAUACCGCUUCGUUUGUGAAAGCGUCCAUGCUGCCUACAGCGAUAAAAUAAACGUACCUAAGUCGGAGAGCUAACUGCAACAAUCAUUGGAUCAAAUCUGUGUAAAUAAAGGUUGAGAUUUAAUAGGGGUGUAUCGAUAAAUCAGGUUUUUCGCUAGAGAAAAUUUGUUAGACUAAGUGAUACAGAACUUAAUUGGAUAGAACAUUUAAUGUCUGGAUUUUUCGUUUUGUCUUUGUGUGAUUAGCUGGUAGCUACUAGCAUAAUAAAUGGGACGCAAUUUGUAACAAUCUCUUGAAUAAUUUUGUAACUUCAAACUUUUCGUUAGAUUUAUAUACUAAAAAGGAUACGUUUCCUAUUUUUAGUGUAUUUAUUAGCAACAUUCAAUGCAAAUAAUAAUAGGACUGCCAUAUUUAAACGAAUUUAAUAGAAAUAUGUCCAAAAUCACUUGUCGCCAAUUUAGUGCCAUUUUUCCUAGUGAUUCAAAACAUUUUUUUAUAUUUAUUAUAUGAGACAUAUUUAAUUGUUUUUGCACUUUAUUUAAGAUAUAAGUACUGUAUAUAAGUAGAGCUAAAAAUAAUGUUAAUAAAAUCAAUUAACUCGUUUUGAAAUGUUUAAGAAUUAAUUAUCUGGAUAAUAGUUUAUAGUACUUAUUUAUUACUUAUAUCUGGUUAUACAGUGAGGACGUUUGAGUUGGAAUAAAUUCAUUAUCUCGAGAAGGGGCGAAUUUGAAGAGAAAUCCUGAGAGGUCGAUUUUUAUUUUUAAAUUAUGACUUUUUGGCAUAUAUGUCAUACUAGUGACGUCAUCCACGUGGGCGUGAUGACGUAGUCGAUGAUUUUUUUAAUGAGAACAGGGGUCGUAUGACAGCUCAUUCGAAAGGUUAUUUAAUUCUGUAUUUAGUAAUAUAAACUUUAAUAUAUUUAUUUAUACAGGAAGUCCAAAAAAAUUUUUUUAAUUAAAUUAAUUGGGAUAAAAAGAAGAAUGUAUGUAAUUCAUUUAUGUCAAAAUACAUUUGAGGGCUGUCAGAAAACAGAAAGAAAUGUUUAUUCAACAAAUACACAUUGUUUUUUGCUUAAAUUCAAUGUUAAAACUGCCACCCACCGGUCUCUUGGCAGUUUGAACAUUGAAUUUAAGCCAAAAGCAAUGUUUAUUUGUAAAAUAAACAAUAUUACGUGUUCUCAUGACAGCAGUAAAAUGUAUUUUGAAUUAAAUAAAUUGCUUAUAUUCUUCUUUUUGUGUAAAUUAAUUUAAAAAAAUAUUUUUUUUGUAGACCCUGUAUAAAUAAGUAUGUUAAUGUUUAUAUUACGGAAUAGAGAAUUAAAUAACCUUUCAAGUGAGCUAUCACACAACCCCUACUCUCAUUUAAAAAAUCAUUGAUUACGUCAUCAUGCCCAGAUGGAUGACCUCACUAGUAUGAUAUAUAUGCCAAAAAGUCAUAAUUUAAAAAUAAAAAUCGACCUGUCUCAGGACUUCUCUUCAAAUUCGUCCAUUCUCGAGAUAAUGAAUUUAUUCCAACUCAAACGUCCUCACUGUAUGUAGAUCCUACCGAUAUAUUUUUUUGAUAUAUCAACUCUUAAAACUUUAAAAAGGGUAAACCCUGUAGUAUAUCAACUCUUACUUCCAGUUUAAUAUUUGUUGUACAAAACUAGUACAUUUUUUUAAUGUGUAUAUUUAGUCAAAUUUAGUGUCUAGGCCUAUGAAUUUCAUAGGCCUUUCACUCGUGGGUCGAGUUUUUCCUGUGUAGCAAAACGAAUACCAUUUAUUAAAUAAAAUGUUCAGUAGAAAUGAAUGCUUAUACAGCGAUGAGUGCACUAAGAACUGGAAAAAUAACGCAAAAGACGGAAAACAUAAUACGUUGUGAAAUAACAAGAGAUGAAACUAAUAGAGCUGGGAAAUUAUCAAUAGAAACCUAUAAAUUUACAUUAUAAUGAUGAUUUCCCACCUUUAGACGUAUCGGAGGAGUUUGGCAACUGCCACUGUUACAGGAGAAUUUUAUAAAAUGUUCUAAAAUUCUCCUGUGGCAGUUUGACUCCGAUUCGUCUAAAGAUGGGAAACUAUCAAUAUAAUGUAAAUUUAUAGGUUUCUAUUGCUAAUUUCCCACCUCUACAAGUUUCAUCUCUUUUUAUUUCACAGCGCAUUGUUUUUCGUCUUUUCCGUUAUUUUGCCGGUUAUUAGCGCGCUCAUCACUGUAUACACAAAAAGAGGAUAAAAAACGCGUCAUCAAUACAUUUUCUAUACGUAUAUCUCUGUUAUGUUAUGCCCUAUUUUGUUGUUCAUCAAAUAAGACGGGGCAAUUGUUUAUAAUUGAAAUUCACAUUAAUUUUGAAGUUUUUAACAGAACAGCUUUCAACUUAGGUACAGUAGGAAAAAUGAAAGAAUACCCAUGCGUCAUCGAUGAUAUGCAUAAGAAUCAAAUCAAAAAUUUCUAGCCAAAACAACGUCUAAACUAAGGUAAUACUGUAAAAAACGGAUGUGACUACUACCCCACCGUACGAUUUUUCGCUACGUAAAUGUGUUAAAAAUAUUUUGUGAUGUUAUUCUUUUUUUGAUAAUACCUAUAUAUUUAUUGGUAAUUGUUACUUUUACUACCGUAAUUAAUUAUUUGAUAUAGAAUUUAAUACAAAAAUAAUGAGUAAGCAAAUAUAGUAUUAUGAAUUUCUCCAUAAAGUUGCCGAACGUAAAUAUUAACAGGAAUUUAAAAAAUGUCGUUUAUGUCAGCUGCAUUAAUGCAGAUCUUAAGCUUAAGUCGAGAAUAUCAUAAGAAUUAAUAUAAUAUAAUUAUAAUAUAUUACAAUAAGAAUACCAUAAUAUAAUAAUAGAUAUAAUUGAUAAUAAGGUAAGAAUCUAAAAUUAUGGUGCAACGUAAGUGAUACUCAAGCAGGCCCUAUUUAUAAGUAGAGCUUAGCUAAUCUGGAACUUAAGAUCUAUUGGUGCAACCAGGCAUAAGUGACUUAAAUGAAAGUAAACUUAAUGAAUUCAGAUCAUUUUGGUAUCCAGAUCAUUUUCCAGACAUUAUCUGCAAAUAAAUGUACAUUCGUAAAAAUAUACUAAUCUGUAUUUUUAUACACUAUGAUUGAAAAGUCAGAGUAAUAUGUACACGUUUGGCAAACUCAUAGACAGAAGUAAACCAUAUUGACAGAUGAUUACUUACAAAUUUUAUUGACUUAUAUCAAAAUUGCUUUUAAAAGAACUGAGUAUAUUCAAGUAAAUACGACUGAUUAUUAAAAUUUAUAAACUCUACCGAACCUAACCCAGUUUCACUGUCAAAGUGACAGAAAUUGAAUCUGUCAGAUUAUAGUUGACCAGCAGGAUUACUCGAAUAGUAGUUUAUACAAUCAUUAUCUCUACUGAUGUUGAAUGUUUUUCUAUAGAAGUACAGAAGUAGUCAAGUGUGAGUUUAAAUUUUCUACUAAAUUAAUAUAACUACGUUGAACAAUUGUAUCGCCGUCUCACUCUGUCAAUUAUAAAUAUGUAACUGCGUAUGUCUUGUAUAACGUUUUUGCUUAGUAGACCACACUUAAUAAUCUAUCUCUCUCGUUUGUUAUUUAUAAAAAAAGGCAGCAAAUCCAAAAUAUGUGCUUGAUAUGAUCGUUCAUGGGUAUUCUUUCAUUUUUCCGACUGUAUACUUGUUAUAUCACCCUAUUUAACAUAAUUUUCCAUGCCAUUAUGCACUGUGUCGACUGCCUGUCUGUUUCGUUAAUCUUAGAAAAUUCAAUACUCACACAGUAUUAUAAACUAAAGUAGAAGUACAAGCAGAUAUUACAUAAAUGUAAAUAUAUAGCCACUUCACCACCUUACGUGUAUUUCUCUCUUGGACCUUGAAUUUAUAUCUUUUUUAUAUUAAAAAAAAAAAAGAUUCCUCUACUUUAGAAAAAAAAAACACAUCCAAAAAUUUAAGUCCUUAUUGAAUAUCAAUUGUGCUAGGAGUAAUCGGCGCUGAGUGCCAACCGAUUUAGAGGUAUAAUUCUGUAUCAGCUAGUUUUGACCACAAAACCUUGUCCGUCACUAAUAAUAAUUAGUCAUAUGUGAUUUUGAUAAGCCUUAUAUACGAUAAAACCUGUCUUAUACCAAAUAGGACAAUUUUAGAAUAUAAUCGAUCGGGUUGUUUGGCAUAAGAUGAUUUUUGUUAAACGGAAAUGUACAAGAAUGUAGAUGAGAUGUGUGGGAUACAUUCCAGUGAUUUUAUCUUACUGUUGAUACUAACUUUAAUAGUUACAAGCCUUUUGUAUAUACUACAUGUUUUGCAUCAGAGUCUUAACUAUUACCAAUACUUUAGCAAAUUUAGAACUGAAAUAACAGUCAAAUUAGUCUAUAGUUGUUCCAUUAUAUCUUUGCACAAUCGUCAUGACUGCAAAAACCAAAUAAACCAAUAAAUACAACAAAUGCGCUAAUGUCAUUGUCACUCAAAAUCAUAGUCAAAAACGUCUGAAAAACGUCACAAUUUAUAGUAAACAAGGUAUCAAAGACAUGCCGUAUCGUCUAUCCUUGUUUAAUUUAUUAUGGUUUCUAUGAACAAGCUGCUUAAUUUUGAGAUACUAGUUUCUGUGAGUAAAAAAGAGACCUAGUAUAAAAAGUAAUUCGUGAAUAAUUUUAUGCAUGUGCAAAGUUACAAUGGAAGAACUAUAGCUGAAAACUGUAAGAUAUAUAAGCCAUACAAAAAAUCUUUAGAUAUUGGCUGAUCCGCGUUCUUCAAUAUUUUCCGUUUCAGCGAAUUGGAAUAUGUAAAUAAUUUAUUAAAAUUUACUAUUCUAAUUGGGAAAUAAGCCACAAAUAUAUUAGAAUAGUAAAUUACAUAAAUGCUACAAAGAAAUAGCUUCAGAACAAUAUAAAUGUAUUUAAAAUAGUAAAUACAUAUGAAACACUUCACAAAUUCUUUUAUAGGUAAUUUAGUAACUAUUUACCGUUAAAUUAGUCCUAAACUAAGUAUGUAUCAUCUACAAGGUAAAUUCACAUUUAAAUAUUUACACAUAGUAGUCAAUUCCACAUUGUUAAUUACGUGAAUUAGAAUAAACGACUGCAGUACCAACUAUUUAUUAGAACCCGACUUGUACUUCAAAUUGUGUCGUUGGCUGCUCGUCCGUGCCAUAACUCUUAAAGAAGUCCUAUAGUCUUGAAACUUGGCUUUCUUAUUAUCCAAUGAAGGCACCUUUCAUUAUCGUCAGUACCCUUCACCUUUUUUGUGUUUAGACAUUCAACCCUAUUCUGUAACUUUUAACAAAUCGAAUAGAAAUGACCAAGUCGAAUCGUAAUUACCCGAAAUCGGAAUGUUUGAUAUAUAUCGCGUCAUUUUCGUGUUUGGAUUGGCAUUCUGUAACUCACAUCGUAAGCAAGUUAAAUCGAAAUCGGCAAUUUUUAUUUCACGCGGUCAAGCGGGGGUGGCAACCCCGCAUUGUCAAGCGAAAGUAGUGUUCUGUGACCCGUUUGUUACUGGUUCUAAAUUUGAAAUACGACACCGUUGCCAUAUCUUCAAUUUUUCAUAUUAUGCCAUUGCAUACAGUUGCUUUUUUAAAAAUAGUUUUGAAAUAACAAAAAGGAAAAGUUUUGAAAAGUAAACAAUAAAAUGUUAGUGUAAAUAUUGGACACAAAAACCUCAAAAGAUGAUAAAUGGUUUUAAAUCAAAGUUAAUUAAAAUUGUUCUAAAAAAGAAGAUAAACUGAUAAAAAAAAGAUAAAUGAAGCUAAGAUGUAUAAUGUAAGAUAUUACUAAUACAUACAAUCUUAAGAUUUGAUUCCAGCUAAAAUAACUGAUAAGCAACUUUUCCCAAAAACGGCGUCUUUUCUAUAAUUAUUUUCGUUUCUAUAAGCGGUAAUUAAUACAAAUACCAGCAAACUGGUAUAAUAUAUUUAUCAAUCAACGCUAUGUCUAUCUUUAUAUUUUAAACGUUCUUGUACAAUCUAUUCUUGUACAUUAUGCCAUUGAUUGAAAUUGAUUUCGAUAGAUUUCUUGAAAGAAAUUAACAAAAAAAUGCUUGGCAACACUGUGACUGGCAAACAUUCAGCAUUCAGAAUCUGAAUUUCGGAUGACAAAUCAAUUUUAAGGGUGGGUUUGAUGCAUACUCGUACAUGUCUAAAUUAAAUAUACAAUUCCCUAAGUAAAUACCAUCACAGACUAAAAAUUAAGUAGAUACAAAAGGUAAAAAUACUAUAAAUAAUGAUAAAUAAGUAGUAAUAAAUUAUUUUUAGUAGAUAUAAAAUAUAAACGUCAAAACAAAAUACAAUGCGCUUGCGUCAAACACAAUUCCGAUUAUCGAAAUCUAAUUUCGACAGGGUAAAUGGUGUCGAAGUCAUUUCUAUUCAAUAUUCCAAUUGUAGAGAUUCCGAGGGAGUUAUGGAAUAACGAUUUUGACUAUUUCUAUUCGACUUGGCCACUUCUAUUCGAUUGUCCUGACUUCUAUCAUCGAAAUGAGUUACAGAGUAGGCAUGAUUGCGGAAGAGGUUUUACCUACACAGAUAUUCAUACUUUUUAUGAUGCCGCUUUUUGUGGAGGGUUGGUGAUCACUAUGACUAUCUGUAUUCUCUUUACAGCUGCUCUAAAAAGCUGGUUAGACGAGCAAUUAAACCACUCUCAAUUGCGCAGCCAAGAGAUUCGUCUCCUUCCUACGCUACGCUUUCCUAAAAUCUUUCCUUGCAUGAUAAUCUGUAUUUGAUUAUCAUGCGUAUUGAUUUCAUUAUUCAGUUCUCUUUCUUUUGAGAGUCUUCGCAAGACUUCUUCAUUCGUGACUCAGUCUACGUAAAAUAUUCUGAGGAUUGUUCUGUUAAGCCAAUACUUUUUAAAUACCUACUCAAAUAUGUCUACUUAUAGUGUAGCUCUCGGACUUUAAAAUGUCGCGGAGAAACAAAUAUUAUAAUGUGUUGCAAGAUGUAUCUGUUGCGUGUUAAAAAAUUCUUUCAAUUAAAAAAAUCGUUAUAUAUUUAACAAUUAGCGCUGGUAUCAAAAGUUCACUUGCCAGUAACUUGUUGCCAUAGAUUAUUCCACUCUUUACAAAGGUACUCCUACUAGUUACUCUCUCAACGUGUUCAUGCUUAGAGGAUCGCGAAUAUCCAAAUCGUUUAAGUUGACUAACAUGUGUAAAAUAACCCUGUUAAGAAAAUCACCCGGUGCCAAUGGAAACAAGAAAAAAAAACAGGUCUUCGUUUUUUUUUUGUAAUUGAUGCAAACCUUUGAAAUUUAUGUGAAAUUCCAGUGACAAAUAUAAAAAUAAUUUGAUUAAGUGAAUAGUUUAGUAUCAUAAAUUUUAAAGAAUAUAAUUUCUACCUCAAAUUCUUUACAUGAGAUCCAUGCAUUUACCUACAUUGUUGUAUAUUAAAUAUUCCCUUCCAAAAAAUACGUCCUUUAUAUUUUAAAUAGUUCAUAUCGAUGUGUUGUAAAUUAUUUGUUAGAUGAAAACAAGCAUCAUAGUGACAUUUUUUUAAACUAAACUAAAAUAAAAAUGUAGUUCUAAAAAUUUUUAACUUGAUUAUGCCUAAAAUGGAUGUAGCUAGAGUUUAUCUAAAGCUAUAAAAACGUAAUGGGUUAGGCCUAUCAUAAUAUAUUUGUGUGUUUCAAAUACAAAGUCAAUAUUGAAAAAGACUAAGUUUUCACUCUAAUGGCAUAUAACAUAUCCCACCAGAAUGAAAAAAAUUUUUUUUCAAUAUUGAUAAUUUGAGAUUUUGUUUCUGUAUUUAAACAUAAUUUGAACUGGCGUGGAGGUCGUUGGUUUUUGUCAGCUUAGAGCAUUGCAGUUUGGAAAGAAAAAGGUAAGUCGGUAAGGGAAAGCUGUGUUAGGGGGAAUAAGCUCUUUGACAAUCAUCAUCAAUCAGCCAAUCGCGUCCACUGCUGGACAUAUACCUCCCUCAGUUCUUCCAGUGUUCUCACUCUACUACACUAGGCCGCUUGUAGCCAGUUUCCCUCUACUCUUUUUACGUCCUCGGUUAAUCUAGUCGGUGGUUGUACUCAAUUUGUUUUAUAGUUUUUGGGCCUCCAUUCUAGUCCAAAGGCAGCGCUGAAAACUCUCUUUGAAUUUACUAAAGCUAGAUUUUUCACAGUUGAUUACUGUGAUUGUGUAGAGAAACAUACUGCGGUCGGUCAAGUGAAACGUAGAACAGGGGUUACUGAGAGGGUAUUAAAGUUGCUUUCCUACGAAGGUAAUUAAAUCCAUUUACUAAGGCUGAAAAUCAGUACACACAUUCUAAAUUAAAUAUAAAUAAAAGUUAUUAUAGUCGGUCAGCUGUAUGACGGGACAGAGCCGGUCGGUCGGCUUCAGUGAAUGUACAGGGUUAUUAACUAUAAUUUGACCCCCUUGUAAACUGCUUUAUUUACAAAAUUAGAAAAAAAUGUAAAAUACAAAAGUUAUUCGAUUUUUUAAUUAUGAUUUUUUGACAUAUAUAUCGUACUAGUGACGUCAUCCAUCUGGGCGUGAUGACGUAAUCGACUAUUUUUUUAAAUGAGAAUAGGGGUCGUGUGCUCCCUCAUUUGAAAGGUUAUUAAAUUCCCUAUUCAGUAAUAUAAACAUUAACAUGAUUAAUUAUACAGGGCGUCCAAAAAAAUUUUUUUUAAUUAAAUUAAUUGUUUAAUUAAUAUUUCAAAAAAAUUUUUUGACACCCUGUAUAAAUAAUGAUCUUAAUGUUUAUAGUACUGUAUAUAAAAUUGAAUAACCUUUCAAAUGAGCUAGCAGACUACCCCUAUUCUCAUUUAAAAAAAUAGUCGAUUACGUCAUCACGCCCAGAUGGAUGACGUCACUAGUACGAUAUAUGUGUCAAAAAUUAUAAUUAAAAAAUCGAAUACCUUUUGUAUUUUACACUUUUUUCUAAUUCUGUAAAUAAAGCAGUUUACAAGGGGGUCAAAAUAUAGUGAAUAACCCUGUACAUUCAUUGGGGCUGACCGACGGGCUCUGUCCCGUCAUACAGCUGACCGACUAUAAUAACUUUUAUUUAUAUUCAAUUUAGGAUGUGUGUACUGAUAUUCAGCCUUAGUAAAUGGAUUUAAUUACCUUCGUAGGAAAGUAACUUUGAUACCCUCUCAGUAACCCCUGUUCUACGUUUCGCUUGACCGACCACAGUAUGUUUCUCUACACAAUCACAGUAAUCAACUUGAAAAAUUUAGCUUUAGCAAAUUCAAAGAGAUUUUUCAGCGCUGCCUCUCCGUCUAUUCCAUGAUUCGUCUUGUCCUCCGUCCAUCUUGUGUUAUAGCUAAAUGACCUGCCAAAUUCCAUUUAAGCGUCGUGAUUCUUUCGAUGACGUCUUGAACUCCUGAUAUUUGCCUGAUUUGUUAGUUUGUUAUGUUGUCUCGAAGGCUCAUGUCCAGCAUUGCACGUUUCACGGCUCGUUAUAUAACUCGAUUUUUAAAUCGAGUUGAUUUGCUCGAUUUUUGCGUCAGUGGUAAAGUCUCUGCUCCAUAAGUUUGUACGGGCAAAACACAUUUUUUAUAAAUCUUUCGCUUGAGACACAUGGAAAUUGAAACUUUUUAUCUGUCUUUGAUUUGGACGGUUUUCUCACAUCCAUGUUUUCCAUUGAUAAAAAUUUUUCAAAAAAUUCAUCGCAUAGUGCCAUCACAUCUUUUAAUUUAAAAGUUAACAUAUUUUUUUAACGUAGCCCAAACCAAUUCGAUUUGACUGAGAUCAGGAUGAUAAGGUGGCGGUGGCGAUCUCAUUAUACAACAUUAUAAAUUACUUCUUUCGUUUGAUGAUUUAGAACUUGUCGUUUUUGCACAUUUUCAAUAUCUGUAUCACAAAGUUACUACAUGGCACACAAGUAAACGGCAAGCUAUCCCCACUUUUUUUCGAAUUUUGCCACUGCGAACUCACUAGUAAGAUUAAUACUUACUAAUAAUUUUUAAUAAGGACAUAAAAAUAAUGCAAAUCUUCGGAGUAAGCCAUUCACUACAAUGUAAACUACUAUUACCCAGUUGUGCUGUGCAGUAGCGCUACAAACAUUUUUUACAACAGUAUCUAUAUUUUCUAUAGAAUUUAAAAAAGAAACUAGAUUCUGAUAUGUUAGAAAAGUGUCGCUCCAAUGACUUGUUUACCUUAAAUGUAUAUCUCCUUAAGUACUGUACAAUUUUAUUAUUUAAAUAUAGUCUUUUUAAUAUAUCAUGUUUAGAGUUUUCCUGACGUCUUAUAUUUAAAAUCUUACAAUACCCCAAAUAUGUAUUAGUAUUAGACAGUUUACUAAGUUGCGAAGAUGCGAAAAACAUCUAGGUUAACUUAAUUUUCGUAUUAAAUCUUCCUAUUUUAGUUCUUUUCUGCAAAAUGUUUUAAUAUCAGCUGAAUGGCAAACUACAAGAUCGAUAUAAAUAUGAUCACUUUUUUCUGCGCACCAGUGUCAUAUGUUGAUGCGACCUUUAACUCAGUUUUUACACGUAAUUACAAUGCAUACUAAAUAAAUAUAUGCGUUUAAAUAUGCUUAAAAUCUACCUAAAUGUAUUUUAUUUCAGCUUUUUCCCUGAAGUGGUAGAAUUACCAUUUACCUAUUUAUGUAAACUUCAUAAUGUUACUCUCAGCUAAGUGACAUAGAGCUUUAUUACGAGUAGAUUAUGCAAUACACGUACAAUAGAAUUCAAAGCAGUAGUGGCAAAAAAAGGUUCAGAUCAAAACAAAAUAUUUUAACAUCUACUGGUAUGUGGAACAGACUACAGUAAAACAAGGGGUCGCUGUGUUGGUUUCCAAAGGUCCAUAGGCUAGCACAUGUGACUAUUACAGACUGCUUUGAUACCAUCCUGGAAUUAUUGUGAUUGUUGGCACUCAACACUUAGAUUAAAUCAGACAAGAUGACACCGCAUCAGAAUGCGGUGUGCUCGAUUAUUGAGCUAGAGCAAACAUCUAAAAAUUAUCGACCUAUCGGCACAAGAGUUGAAGGUUUCAAUAAGUUUUGUUCACAUUAUCAUAAUUAUUGUAACAAUAGACCCUACGACUAAACCACAUUGACCCUUUGCCACAUGCCCUAAGUGUGAAGAAAUUCUAGCAAAUGCUUCAUGCUGUCAUGGUAUUUCUUUAUAGAAGAAAUAUAGUGGAAAUAUUUAAAGUAUUAUAUAACAUUUGUUUUAUCUCUAGUAUAUUAUAAAAGUAAUGUAAUAUUUACAGUAACAUCCAUCGAUUAAGUAUUAUGCAAAGAAAAGAUCUUUUACCACAAUAAAAAUUUAUUUUCUAAUAAAAUGUAUAACAGAUAGGAAUCAUAUGAACUUCAACAUAUUGAAAUAAGACACAAUUUAUUAGUGUAAGAAAAAUUAGGGAAACUCUAACUUAUAUAUUGAAAACACUAUCGUCAUUAUUUAUUUUAGUCACUGUAGAGAUUUUAAAUGAACCAUACACAUAUAAUGAGAGUACCUUGUUUGAAUCUCUACCGUAAUAUAUCUGCAUAAACAAGAUAAAAACCUGUUUAAAGCAGUAAAAGAUGUCAAUUUAAAACUUUUAGAUACUUUUGAUUUUUACACUUCUAAUUUUAUAUUUUUCUAAUGUAUUUAAGUUUUUUUCGUUGUGAAUACCCACCAAGAAAGAGGCCUAGACGGUUAUUUACUUAUGUCAUACAUUGUGUGUUAAAUUUUAAAAAUAUAUAUUUAUCAAACUA